AUGGAUCGUGAAGCUUUUGUCAAAGGGCAGCUGGAAGCAGUGCAUAAAGCACUAACCAAGUACGAGCUACCCUUAAAGCCGAAACAUGCUCGCCGUCUCAUUGUGGGCACACAUCAAGAAAGAUCAUCAGCGGUCUUCUGGAAUGCUGUCAACAGAAUACAAUUGGAGAAAAACCCGGUGAUGACAUGGAAGUUCUGUCAUCUACUACACAAAUUAAUACGAGAUGGGCAUAGACGAGUUCCUGAGGAGUCACAUAGGUUCAUCCCACGUAUCAAACAACUGGGUCAGUUCUGGAAACAUCUCAACACAUCUGGUUAUGGUAUCUGCAAUGAGACAUACAGCAACCUUCUGGUCCAAAGGCUGGAGUUUCAUCGUAAGUAUCCUGUUAUGCCUGGGAGUCUCAAUCUGACGGAAUCUCAAAUAAAAACACUUGAAAGUGAUUUGGAUAAUGCAUUCGAAAUGACGAUAGAUAUGCUGGAUCAGAUGGACAAUUUACUGAGCCUGCAGACGAAAGUAUACGAUGCUAUGGAAUGUCUCCGAUGGAGCUCAUUAGUUCCACAAGGGCAAUGCCUUCUUGCCCCACUGAUUCUAGUCAUUCUUGAUACCAGCAAACUUUACGAUUAUCUAGUCAAAAUGAUUUUCAAGCUACAUGGGCAGUUACCCCCGGAUGCACUUGAGGGGCACCGAACAAGAUUUAGAGAAGUGUUUCGCAGGACGAAGAAGUUUUAUGAAGAAUCAAGUAAUUUGCAGUAUUUCAAAUAUCUAGUCUCUAUUCCAACGCUACCCUCAGCUGCACCUAACUUCCUACAAGCAUCGGAUCUUGACAGCUAUCAAACUCCUCAUGCUUAUCUCCACUCCGAAGGCUCGGAAGAUGGACAGUCAGUCACUGCUGACGAGGUUUUGCUUGAUCUAGGGACGGAAGAGCAAAGGUCACAACAACAACCUCCACCAUCAGAUCCUCGAGACGACCAAAUCCUCAAUCUUACGCGUGAUCUAGAAGACGAGCGAUUUGCAAAGGAGAGACUGAUUGCAGAGGCGCGAUCCCGUAUUGAACAAUAUGAAAAUAGAUUAGCUCAAAUGCAAAGUGAGUUCGAGCACGCAAGAAGGGAAGCUGACGAAGCCCGUGAAGAGUGCGACACUGUGAAAAGAGAAUUGGCUGCUAGAGACGAACAACGAGUGCAGAGUGAUGAUGCUAGAGUACAAGAGGCACAUGAACAAGCACGAGUGGCAGAAGAACGAUUUGGGAAAAUGAAGGCUGCGUAUGAGAAAUUCCGCCAAGAGCAUGUUGCAGCCUUAACAAAGCUGGGAGAGUUGCAAAAAGAGUUCGCUGCAAGCGAAAAGGCUAGAAUGGAUAAAGAAGAAGAGUACACAGCUCUUAAUCGACGUUUGGAAGAAUCCGAAAAGAACAAUCAAGCAUUAUCGAGUAAGGUUGAAGGUGAUGCUGUAGCAGUAGAUGAGCUACGAUCCCAACUAGCGAAGGCCGAUAUUGAUAUGGAGGAUCUGCGACGGAAUAUGGAGAAUCUCAAAGCUGCUCACAAAUCCGAACUGGUUACUGCAUCUGAUCGCUUUGUAGAUGAAAAAGCUGAGCUUGAGAAGAAGAUGAACGGUAUGAUCCGUGCGGCAGUGUUAGCUAUGCUUUCCCGUUGCGAAGAAGAACUUCCAAAUGCUAGCACAAUUACCUAUCCACCUCAUCUUGCGAUCUCCGCACUUACGGCCCUUGUUAAUAUGAUAGGCGAAAAGAAGCCAACUUGCAUGGGUGACACCAUUGUCUUGACGCACGAUACAGUUGUAGUGGUGACCGCUUGCGCAGCAGCAGCUUACACCGCUUCAAUCCAACACUUCGAUGGUGUGAAUGAGCAGUGUCAUACUGUUGUGCGAGCAUUACAAGAACGCCUAUCUUCUUCUAAUCUCGAUCUGCAAAACUUCGAAGCUGAGUGCAAGAAGCUUCUUGACAUGAUGACUGCACUGCCUCUACAAAGUGAUAUCGAUAAAGAAGUUCUUGGCAACGAACUGGAAAGUGAAAUGGCACGUAUGAGCGCUGCUAUACAAGCAGCCGUAGAUGAAAUUCAGAAGAUUCAAGAGAAGUCGCGCAACAACACGGAAGGCAUAAGACUGGAAGUUAAUGAAGCUAUUCUUGGGUGCUGUCAGCAGCUCAUGGCCGCUAUCAUGGCGCUGGUGAUUUCAUCGCGAGAGCUCCAAGCAGAAAUUGUUGCUGCUGGUAAAGGUGGUGCUUCACCUCAUGAGUUUUAUAAGCGAAACCAUCAGUGGACAGAGGGUCUUCUUUCUGCUGCUAAAGCUGUGGGAGUUGCUGCUCGUGUUCUUGUACAAUCAGCCGAUGGUGUGGUGACCGGAAAAGGUAAGUUUGAACAACUCAUCGUUGCUGCACAAGAGAUUGCUGCGUCAACUGCUCAGCUGUUUGUUUCGAGUCGCGUAAAAGCUGACAAGGAUUCUCAGAAAUUAGCAACAUUGUCGACCACGUCUAAGAGCGUCAAUCAGUGUACUGCUCAAGUUGUAGCCGCAGUCAAAAAUGGACAGACUACUCUCAAUGACCAAGAUAGCUUGGAUUUCUCACAUCUCACUUUGCAUGACGCCAAGAAGGAGGAAAUGGAGUCCCAGGUUCGCAUGUUGGAGUUAGAGCAGCAGCUCGUUAUGGAACGCAAAAAGCUGGCUGAGCUACGUAGGCAACAUUAUCAUAUGGCACAACUCGCCGUGGAGCAGAAUGGAGGUGGCGAACGCGAUACAUCGUUUGAAUUUCUAGGAUAAGUUAUACUCAUACUAUAGUACCCUUUUUAAUUAUGUCCAUCAAACUUUACGAGUGCCUCAGUGUUUUGCUUUGCACUUAUGACGUGAUUGUGCUGCUCCUGUGGCUCAUUGAGCAACCGACCAUUGUUGGUCUACCUUUUUCUUGUCUCCUUUUUGUGAUAACCUCUUAUCUGUGUUGGAACUGUGCUAUCUCGCCAUGCCCCGUGUUCAUCAGUGCAGCUUUAUGAACU